CUCUGCUGUAUCCUGGCUGUUCAUAAGUACACCAUUUAUUCACAUUGAUAAUAUGAACUUCAGCGGAGCCACCUACUCCAGCAGUCCUGGACAAAAUCAAUCUCUGCCAGUCCCCGCUGCCAACGCCAACGUGACCCGCAAGCGCAAAACCACAACCUGCGAUCACUGCAAGAGGAAACAUGUAAAAUGCGAGCCAGUUCAUACUCAGCUGGGUACGGAAACCUGUAAGCAAUGCCAAAAGGACCAGGUUGCCUGCACCCAGACAAGAACGGCCAUUCGAUUCAACGAUGUUUCUAGCAAAAUUGCCAAAUUAAAUAAUACAGAAGAUGCUGCUUCCGGUUCCCAGGUCAAGACGAAACGGCAUAGGAAACUGGUUUAUGUUGAUGAAACCGCCGAAUUGACGGCACUCUAUAAAGAAGAUGACAAUGAUGAAUAUCCCUCGAUCGGGCGGGAGUAUGAUGGAACGGCGUCAGUGACGUCUACGUCUUUGCAUAACAAUAUCCCGACGCCGACCGAUGUAAAUCUGAAUAUACAGACUAUACCGCCCUCUGGUCGCCUGCACAGUUCAUAUACAUCGAGCGACGUCCUGCCAGGCAGUUUCAUACUGCGCGGGCUAGUUAAACCAGACAGCACAUCGCCUCGCUACAACACACUCGAGUUCUGUCUGCUGGGAUACUACAUCGACCAUCUGAGCAUGUGGCUCGAUCUCUGCGACCCCGAGCGACACUUCCACCAGGUCGUUCCCCAGCGCGCGAGAAGCUGUCCACCACUGAUGAAUGCGAUCCUCGCGGCGUCAGCUAGACACCUCACCCGCGUACCAAAGUACAGGACGGAGUCUGGCGCAGUUAAAUAUGGCGGGCGUAUACUACAUAACUUGACCGACGAAACUGCCCUGCACUACCAUAGUAAAUGUAUCCAGGAUCUGCUGGAGCUGGGAGCGAACCCUGAGCAAACAGGGAACGAGGACCUGCUGGCAGCAGCGAUUAUUCUCCGGUUCUACGAGGAGAUUGACUAUCCGUUGCAGGAUGAGCAAAAGGACGACGAAGUGUUUCUCCGCGUGCUGAAUAUGUUUAUCGAGGCUCAGAUACCGAACAUGGCGGCCAGUUCUCAACCCUCCUUAACAGCGACGGGUGAACUAUCAACAUCGCCUGGUGAAAUAUAUAGUUCUCCCUCCUCGAAUGUAUUUGGAAAUGCCUCUCUCGAGUCACGGUGGUACAUAUCCAGCCUCCGCCAGGCCGCGUUCUGGGUCGCCUUCCGACAAGAAGUAUACUCAGCCUUUCUCAAGCAACGACCAUUCAGCAUGUCACUAUCCCGCUGCGACAUCUUCCGCUCAUUCACGCCCGGCGAAGACGGCCUCUGGACCGCGCGGCUGGUGAUUUUCUGCGCCGACAUUCUGGAAUUCUGUUACGGCAACACAGCACAUUCCACGCCCACGCACACGCCCCACUCCAACUCCACGCAAUCGCAGUCGCAACCACAAACAAAACAACGCUGGGCGCAGCUGAAAUACCUCUCCCAAAAAUGGAUCGAUUCCCUCCCUUCCGGUUUCGAGCCGAUCUAUGUGCGCGAACCCGAUCGGCGCCAGGGCGAGGUAUUCCCUGAGAUAUGCUACCUGACGAAUAUCCAUGUUGCGGGUGUGCAGCAUAUCGAGCUUGCGCGGAUCUUACUUGCGGUGUAUGACCCGGACAUACCGAAGCUGGGCCUUGGGCGGAAGGAGAGUAUGCGUGCGCUGAGCGAGGAGUUGAGGGCGGCGGUUUUGAGGCUUUGUGGGAUUGCUGUGUAUAACAGGCAGAAUCCGCCUUCGUUGACGACGGCGUUGCUUGGGAUUGUGGUUUGUGGGGAGCAUUUUGAUGAUAAAACAGAGCAGAUUGCGCUGAUGGAACUGCUGGAUGAGUUGGACUUUCACCAUGGCUGGCCUGUGGGGGAUUAUAGAGAGCGGUUGAAGCACUCGUGGGGGUGGCCGUAGUAUAUUUAUAUAGAGGGAUUGAUACAAAGGGAAUUGCAUAUCUCACAUACCUAUGUUAAAGAAGUGACAUACACCGUCUAACCGUUCUAUUGGCCUCGGGUUUGGCUGCUGUAUUAAUCAAUAUACUGG